UUCCUGAACUUGGAAAGCUUGAACAUCUUCAAUAUCUGGAGCUUUACAAAAAUAACAUACAAGGUUCUAUUCCUGCCAAGUUCGGUAACUUGAAGAAUUUAAUAAGUUUGGACCUAUAUAACAACAAUCUCACAGGAACAAUACCUCCUUCAUUGGGGAAGUUGAAAUCUCUCGUUUUCCUACGUCUAAAUGAUAAUAAUCUCCACGGACCAAUUCCAAGGCCUUUAGCUGGUCAUAUCCGGAAUUUCAAGGCGUCAAACGUGCUACUGGAUAACGAGUUCAGCACGAUAAUCGACCCGAGACAAGAUAAAGAGUACUCUUUUAGUGCGACUCGCAAAAUGGCUAAAUUGGUUGAUGGUUGUUUGGUGAAAAGCACAAGGGACCGGCUGGAGAUGAGCAAUGGGGUUGAGACUUUGAAAGAUUGGUGGGAUUGCGGAGUCGGCCAAGAGAAGAAUGGCACAGUUGGCUAA